AUGUUGGCCGCGGAGGCAGGCUACAAUGUGGUCGACACCACCGACGACAAAGGCGAAUACAAGAAGGGGGACCAGGAUAAUAUCCUCAUCGAGUUCCUGGAGCGCGGACUCAGCAGCGAGAUUGCCAGCCGUCUCUACAACACCGGUGUCCCUCUGCCCAAGGCCUAUGGAGCGUUCAAAGCCUGGUGCAUCAACAUCGAAGCCAAUGCUCUGCGUGACCAGCUGCGCAAAGCGUCGUAUGGGCACCCCACACAACGACCACCUCCCCAGUUCUGUCCCCAAGCGGCACCAGUGGCGCCCACACCCGCUCCGGCCCGACCCGCUGCCAACGAACCGGUUCUGAUGGAAAUCGAUUGUACCCACGCCCGCGGCUGCAAUAUCAUCUGCUACAACUGUCAACAGCCUGGGCACAUUGCGCGGAACUGUCCGGAGCCAAGAAAGAAGCGCACAUUUUUCAAUUGGGCCACAAUGCUUGAAGAGAUCGAGAACGGGGACAAGGACAACGAGUUCCUCAAGGAGAUCGCCGAGAAGCUGUCCAAGGAGGUGGAGCGUCCGGACUAUGGACGAUUUUCUGUGCUUGUUUCGAUUAAGGACAUGAACGAUCCUACACAUACAUACACGAUCUCGGACUCACUACGUACCAAUAUUCACGAUUUUCUCAUUGCCGAUAUGGAAAAAGAACGACAAAGAAAAAUAGCUUUAAAUAGAGAGUAUUUACAGAGUAAAAAGGAUCAGAAGGUUGCAGAUAAAUUAAUUUUGGACUCCUACGUAUUUAUGGCUCGUGGAGAAGGAACCACGUCAACAAAGACCGAAAAGGGGAGCAUUGCUCCGGAGGCUCGAUCCUUGGAAAAGGAGGAAGCGCCCAAGGAAUCUGCCGAAAUCAAGGUUCCAGAAGCACCCAAACACACCAGGGUGCCAGAUGCCGUCCAGAGGAAAUUGGCAGCCGAGAAACAGAAGGGCCCCCAGCCCAGCAAGUUGGUGCAGGAAUUGCGCAGUUACCAGGCUGAGAGGAAGAGGCAUUCGAUGGACGUAUAUGUCCAGAUCACGGGUCUGGACUCAGGGAAAACGCGCGGAGUCAAGGCGCUACUCGAUAGCGGUUGCAGUACCUGCUGCAUCGAUACCGACUACGCCCGGGCAGAAAAGCUGGACAUCCAAGAGCUUCUGCAGCCCAUCGUGGCUCGUAACGCCAACAACACCGAGAACAUCAGCGGUCGGAUCACGCAUUACGUCGACCUUAGGAUGAAAAUCGGUCCUCAUGUGGAGACACGCACGUUCCUCCUGACAUGUUUGGGAAAAGCUCGGAUCUUCAUCGGUCUUGAUUGGCUGACGGAACACAACCCCGAGAGUGGUGUCACAUGA